CUCUAACUAUAAUUUUACAAAAAAAAACUUAAGAUGGUUGCUAAAGUAAAUGAGCUUGGUUGCAUUUGAUGAAAACAUCUCUAGUCUUUAUUUUUACUGAAAAGUUUUAAUACAAUUGUUUAAAAAAAGUCUUGGCCGAUUUUAUGUACCUUAAAUAAUAGAUUACCCUAAAUCCUAUAAUUACAACAACGAAGUGACUACUCGGAAAAAGAUUUUUUGCUUCAGCGUCUCCAUCUGGUCAACAAAAGGCCUGCUCAUGCGCAGUGACUUUAAUAGCUGGGCUAGGGUUAGGGUCCUGCUGUUUGUUUGUAAACACAUGCAUUUGCAGUACCAUCAAAAACAUCAUCGAAGGAAAGUCAUAGUUUCUCUCCAUUGCGCACGCGUAUCUUUUUCCAGCUAGAAUCGGCCUCACAACAAUCAAGUCCAAUCCAUAGGCUAUGGAUGCAUUAAAAAAGCUCCGGCUUAUAGAUGACAGAAUCAUACAUGCCCUAAACACAUCACUUCCUACACAAUCUUUCAGAGACAAAGUAAAUGUCUCCACAGAAUGUAAACGCUUGUAUGAAGAGAUGCAGGUAUCAUAUGACCAGCGGGACCAAUCAAUCCGCCAUUGUAUUGAGUUAGUUACAGAUGAUGUGAAAAAACUGAGGCAGAAGAAACUGGAUGCACCUGAUGAUGUUGAAAUCUUGAGAUCAUUAAGGAAGGAACAAACUAAAUUGAAGCUAAUGCAGCAAGAAAUGAGUAUAGAGGAAGUAGUGAAAGAUAGGACUCUGAAGGUAUUCUAUGAAAGAUGUCGAGACAGCUACACGCCACCGGCGGCUCCUAUAGUCUUGUAACCAUCAGCCAACAUUAGACCAGCAUUGUCGCAUAAAGAAUGAUUUUUUAAUUAAAAUGUAACUUUUACACUGCUGUA